AUGCCUCUCACCAUCCAACUUCCUGAGGAGUACGGCUACGUCCUCGUCGCCGCCACCUCCACCUUCUUCAUCAACACUCUCCACGUGGUGCUCACAAGCAAGGCCCGCAAGGCCAGCGGCCUCAAGUACCCCAUCCCCUACGCCAGCAAUGAGUUGGCCGAGAAGAAUGAGCUCGCCUACAAGUUCAACUGCGCCCAACGAUCUCACGCCAACUUCACUGAGAACCAAAUCUCCUUCCUCGGUGCUCUCCUCAUCUCUGGCCUACGCUUCCCCGUGGCCGCUGCUGCUAUCGGCGGUGGUUGGGCUCUCUCCCGUAUCAUCUAUGCCGUUGGCUACUCGGCGGGUGGCCCUCAAGGAAGGAUGCGAGGAUCCAUUGGAAGCUUCCUCUGCGACACCAUCCUCAAGUUCAUGGCCGCCUACACCUCCAUCAGCUACGCUCUGGGUCAAUAA